CGGCACCUUCCUUUCCCGAGCGCUUGUCUGACAAGAAAAUCCUUUCGUCCGCCACCGUCCGCCCGUGCAACAUGCAGUGCGCCUCUCUCUGCAUGAAUAACCCUGACUGCUAUCUCUUCUGUGUCACGGGGGAAAUCUGCACGCUGUUUGACGCCGCUGUGACGGAGCUUUGGCAGGGCGAUUACAGCGAAGAUGCUCUCACAUUCAGCGCCUGCUUCUCUUUGACUGCUUCAUCCCUACAAACGUUUCGGGACAACAAUCCCGACGGUAUGAUAUUAGGCCUUUCUACCACGACAAGUGAACCCGAACCAACGGAGACGUCGGAAAAUGAAUUCGAGUCAACGGAGACGCCAGAGAAUGAAAUCGAACAAACGGAGACGCCAGAAAAUGAAAUCGAAACAACAGAGACACCGGGACAGUAAGAGUUGACGGCACAAGAGGCGCGGUUGCACUGCCCAUAGGUUCGCUGAAUCCAUUACUUUUCGAUGGAUUCUGACCACCGGAACGAAUAAAAAAAAUAAAUAGAAUUAAAUAAAAUGUGCAUUGUCCAUGAGAAUUGCAUAUUCUACCCACCGGAACGAACCAUUGGCACCCAUCCAUCUCCCGAUUGAAGAUCACGUUGUUGAGAACCUAGAGUAGUAUAUUGUGAAUGUAUUUAAAUGUGUUAAAAUUAAGUUUGUUAAAAUACACAUUGAAUUGUUUAUCAACAUUUAUAUGUAUAGUAAGUCUGUAUGCAUUUAUAUUUAUAUUUCGACUUUUUUCAUAAAGAAGAAAAUAUCCUCACGUGACUUUCAAGUAUUAAGUAAUGUGUGGUUAUAGUCAACAUAUUCGGCGAUGCUCUUCAUUCCAAGAAAAAGUUUAAUUAAAAUGCUAUUCACUCUCCUCCAAAGAAAGAUAUUCUGCUAUUUCUGUGGUAAUGAUAAAGUGACAACUGAUAUUGUUAAUGAAUUUGAUAUUGUUAAUGAUUUUGCACACUAAGAGUUGGAAUAAGCUAACUUAGCAUUAUGUUCUUUCAACAGUCCCCCAAAAAUAUCUCCUCUAUUUUCAAAAAUUGCCUCUUUUUAAUACUUUUAUUAUCAUUAGUAUCCAUAUUAUUAUUAUUAUUAUUAUCGCAAUUAUUAUUACAGCUGUUAUCGAUUUGCUAGUUAGUUGACUUUAAUCUAUUAAUCGAAAAUGAAACAGAUUCAAAGAUCAUUAAAAUGUUUGCAUAUCUAUAAUCGUAAACUUAAAAGA